AUGCUUGAUUCGUUUUCGGACCUUGAUGGAAUCUCUGUGAAUCAAGGUUUGUUUUAUUGUGUCAGCUCAACUCCAUCAUCUUUUCAUCUUACCGAACAUUUUUCAGGAACGGUAGACACACGUCUGCCGCAGCUGGGAUUUCAUUCGGUUCAUGGACAGAAUGUUAUUUUGCAAAAAGGUAAACGAUUAAUCGUCGCUAAAACGCAUUGUAGGAUUAAUAUAGCUUCGUGUUUAGGUGGUCGAGUUGCAAAGCGAAAGGAAAGUUUUUGUAAAGGACUUGCGUUUUCGAAUAGGCCUGUAUCUGUAAACGAAAAUGUUUGUAUACGCCUGACGGAGGUGUCGACAAGCUGGUCAGGCGUGUUGAGGUUUGGAGUUACGAACGUGGAUCCAGAAACAUAUAGGAAUAUUCAAGUACCCAAAUUUGCAUGUCCUGACCUUACUUCAAAGGAGGGAUUUUGGGCGAAAGCUCUUCCUGAACGAUACUCUGUAGAAGGCAAUAUCCUACAUUUUUCCAUUACCCAUGCUGGCGAUCUUUGUUAUGGGGUUAAUGGAGUUCACAAGGGCGUGUUUUUGGUUGGAAUCAAUGUGUCACUUCCAAUAUGGAUAAUUAUAGAUAUUUAUGGGAACAGUGUUGCUGUUGAGUUUGUUGAUCCGUCGGAUUUCCGGGUACCUCGUGCAUCAUCGACAGCAUCCCGUAUAGCAAGUGCCAGUAAUCCUAGCCACGAACCAACACCUGUAGAGCCACCGACUUCAUCAACUCCACAAAUACAAAGUGCUACUAAUACCACUUCUCCAAACUUUGAAACUCUUCGCUUCCAUCAGAUGACCGGUAGACAUGUAUCACUCAAUACUAUGCGAAAUAUGGCUAGUCGUUGUAGCAGCGAAUAUGCACAGGGUUACGUUUUUUCCGAGCGACCGAUCCGUAACAAUGAGAAGGUAGUCAUCGAGAUAGUAAGCGUUCAGCAACUUUACAAAGGUGGCCUCGCAUUUGGAGUUACGUGUUGUGAUCCAUCGACGCUUCGCUCAGCCGACCUUCCAGAUGACUCCUCAGAUCUGAUUGAAAUGCCACAAUAUUGGGUUGGAAUCAAGGAUAUUGCCUUACAACCUCGUGUGAAUACCGUGCUUAGUGAAGUAAAGUUUGAGAAAGAUCAAGGUGGUCCUCGUACGGUUCUUCAUGUUGACAAUUCGCUUCCUCUAUACAUGUAUUUUGAUAUUUAUGGGUCUACUCAAGCAAUCAAAUUGCGUGGUAAGAAACUUCAAAUAGUUUCGCUUUUUGUUUUUCUUAAGAACAAUGCCUGUUUCCCGAUCUCACUCGCCACUGCCAAGAACAACGUCUUCUGCGACAUCCGCUCCGACACGGGUUGCCCUUCCGCCUUUGCCAACGAUGAUCAGGAGUUCUGCCAUAAUCUAUUUAUAGUCCGUGACGAAGCUAAUGGGACCACAGAUGCUCCACUCCCAAACCUGCUUGAUGAAAAUUACGAUGAAAAUAGUGCUCAUCCACGUAAUCGUCCAACUCUCCCACCAAGAAGAACUUUAGAGGAGGCUAUGUUGCGUAGAACUGUGGACGAUCUUCUUUCAGACUCACCACCAGUAUCUAUGCCGCGCCCACCACCGCUUGCACCAAGACCCACUCCCUUACUGGGACCCCUUCCUGCGCCGCCAUCACGCCCUCCUCCGCCUACCCCAACUGCGAUUGCAAGUAGUUUGAGCGCAGGUGGCACAUCUUCGAUGCACAAUGCUAAUUCUGUGCUGGAUUCAUUGCUCGGACGACCAUCUGGUGUCAGUCAGGACCUACCUUCUUCUUCGCGUUCAUCUUUGCCUAAUCUGCAGAGCUUAUCGGCUCCUUCUACUACUCGAGCGAAAAGUGCACAGUUAAGUGUGGGACGAGAAUCGAGCGAACGAGAGGAGGGAGCACAAGGCGACGAUAUGGACGAAUGCACAGUGUGUAUGUCAGCAAGAGUGAACAGUGCUUUGUACAAGUGCGGACACUCUUGUAUGUGCUAUGACUGUGCAAUGCAGACGUAUCAUUCUUCCGGUUUGUGCCCUCUGUGCCGUGCAUCAAUUUUGGAUGUCAUCAAGAUCUUCAAAGCUUGA